CUCUUCUUUUCUUCCCCCUGCAGCCGAACAAGAACCAUGCUGCCGGCAGCCCUCCCUUGAAGGAAAAUGGGUAAAAGCUUGGUAUUUUUCCCUUCUUUUCUUGUUCUAGAACAGAUUUAGAACCCAGAAAUUUCCCCCACCCCUCUUCAGAAUCCCAGAUCUGCUCUGCUUUGUCUUCACCGUCUGCUGCUCUUGGUGUGGGUGGCGAAAUUUCCAGUUUUUUUUGUAGAGUUCUUGAUUUUUCUCCCCAAUUCCCGCCGGCUCCUCCCCAAACUGCAGCUCCGGUUUUGCUUGCUGGAUUUUUGAUUCCUGAUCGUUCUGUCAGUUUAGCACUGAGAUCGAGUUUUCGGUUUUAUGCGAGUGAGGUAAGUAAAUUAUGGUAACGCCCUUUGAUUUUAAAGCAUAUUUUAAUUUGUUUUUGAAAUGGUGGCGAGACUAAACCCGUUUUACACAAAUAUGAGCAUGACUAAUUUGAAAUGAAAUUAUUAUGCUUUUCAUUAAAUUGAGCAUGUCUACCUUAAAUUUAAUUGAUUGUCCUGAUGAUCUGAAAGUGAUUGGUGCAUUAUGAUUUUUCUGUUAACUUCUGCCUAUUUUGUCUCUGAUGUGGUCAUGUUAUUAGUGACCCUACUAGUGGGGGAGGUUAUAAACGCUAGCACAUGUCAACAUGUUAUUGAUAGAACCGGUUCGUUCGAGUGACCCUGCUAGUGGAGGUUAUACACCAGCAAAUACUGUAGCCUGCCAGUGGGAGGUUUAUAACACUAGCCAUGACCUAUAGAUGAGACAUCUAUUUCGUUCUCGUACUGUAUUCGUUUUUCGUGAUUGCACUUGUUGGCAUGCUAUAAGUUUAAUAAGGGCACUCCAUAUUUUACUUACUGAGUUUAUCUCAUAGUUUUUCCUUGUCCACCAUUUCAGGAAGCGAAACCGAGGACGGGGAAACCACAGGAAGUGACGAGUUAGAAGGCUAACCAUUUUGAGAUUGACAUAGAUUUUAGAAAUAAAUCAUGCUUUGUAAGAUAGAUUUUACCUUGAAUUUAUGAGAUCAAAACAGAUUUCGAUCAUUAGAUCAAUUACUUGGAUUUAAGUCAUUUUGGUUAUAGAAAUAAAUUGAGGGGUUUGAU